UGUUUGACGUUUAUUCAAUUCAUGACUAUAAGUAAAUAUCGUGAUCGUACGUCGUCAAGCGGCUCAAGAUACGACUUUGCAAAUUCGAUUUUCCGAUACAAAAAAGGAAAAAAAGAAAUGACACUUUCCUGCAGAGUACUAACGAUUCUCGGCUGCUUCUACUUGUAUGUGAGUGCCACGAACGAUGACAGCUGUCAUUGCGGCAAGCGAUUGAACCGACUGAAUAUUUUCAGUCCCCGCAAAGAGGAAUAUUGUGUCGUAGAUUAUUCUAAAAUAGCUACAACCGGUAGCACGAACGAUGAGCGAACGGGAAAGAUGGUCGAAAUCAUUGCCGGCGCGUAUUCCAUUGGAACGAACGAUCCGGUUUUCGUAGCCGAUGGAGAAGGACCGAAGCGAGAAGUACUGUUAGAUAGUUUUUAUCUAGAUAAAUACGAGGUGAGCAACGAAGAGUUCUCAGCUUUCGCAAGCUCCACCGGAUAUAUCACAGAAGCGGAGCGUUUUGGAGAUUCUUUCGUCUUCGAAGGUCUUUUGUCACAAGAUACAAAGAACGUGAUCAAACAAGCCGUUGCGGAAGCUCCUUGGUGGUUACCCGUGAAAGGAGCCACAUGGCAACACCCGGAAGGUCCUGACUCAAAUAUUACUUCCAGGAUGGACCAUCCUGUUGUUCAUGUCUCCUGGAACGACGCGACUGCUUAUUGCAGUUGGCUGGGGAAGAGGUUGCCGACCGAGGCAGAAUGGGAAGCUGCGUGCCGUGGCAAUCUCUCCGACAGACAGUAUCCAUGGGGAAAUAAAGUAAUGCCAAAUAAUCAGCACAAGGUCAACAUUUGGCAAGGUGAAUUUCCUAUAAGAAACACCGCAGAAGAUGGAUACAAAAGCACCUCACCAGUUACAACGUUUCCGCAAAAUAAAUAUGGCCUGCACAAUAUCGUUGGAAACGUUUGGGAAUGGACAUCUGAUUGGUGGAUGACAAAUUACUCUCGCGAUAAGCAGACAAAUCCUACUGGCCCAUCCAGCGGUACCGAUAAAGUCAAAAAAGGUGGCUCCUAUCUUUGUCAUAUAAAUUAUUGCCACCGAUACAGAUGUGCUGCACGCAGUCAAAAUACACCCGACACAUCUGCUGGAAAUUUAGGUUUCAGAUGUGCAUUGUCAGUAUAAGUAAAACAACGUAUCAAAAGUGUUAAAGGUAAAAAAGAAUAUUAUGAAGACUGAGAAUAAUUUUAUGAAUAAAAUUCGAUAUUUUU